AGAUGCCGCAACUGUGUUCAGCAGGGCAAGAUGAGUUGCCCUCACUGCUUCGUAUGUGGCCAAGCUGGACAUCGGGCGGUCGGCUGUCUUCAAAAGAGGAUGUCGGGAAACGGGAUGAGGUCACUGGAGAAGGGCAGCCAGUGACCGUGACAGAUAAGGAACCCCCAGCCCAACCCAGCAUGUCUAAGGCAGCAAGUCCUGUAAAAACAAAAGCACAGUGUCAACCACCAACAAAGAAACGCUUAGCACAGCUCAUAGGAAAGCGAUGUAUGGUAUCAUGUACUCUCAAUGGUGCUCCUCUCCAGAUGUUGCUUGACUCAGGGGCUCAAGUGACGAUGGUGGGGAGAGACUGGAUGGAAGAAGCACUCCCCGGUGUCAAAAUCCAGCCACUUGAGUCCCUCCCUCUCGAUGAGCCGCUGGUGAUUUCUGCAGCAAAUGGCACAGAUGUCCCCUUUGAUGGAUGGGCAGACGUUGAACUCCAAAUCGGUAACAAACACUGUGGAUAUGCCACCAUUCAAGUGCCAAUGCUAAUCAGCCAGAACUGUCUCCACUGUCCUCUCUUAGGCAGCAAUGUGUUAGUUGAGAUCAUCAAAGAACAGAGAAGUGAUGUUGAUAUUUCUGCUUUAUUAAAAGAAACCUUAAGUAUAAAUGACAAUGCUGUUGAAGCCCUAGUUUUUGCUUGCCAGACACUGACCCCAGGUGAGACAGCUGUAGAGUGCAGUGUGAGAACAGGGAAGGCGGGUUCCACCAUUCCUGCAGGGCAGAUUUGUGAGGUGAGGUGCAGAGUCAGGGAAUGGCCGAGAGGUGGGGUUAUGCUCUUCCAACCUGAUGUAGUGGGUAACUGUCCUGAGGGGUUGGAUUUGUUUCAGGCCUUAGUUGAUGUUCCAAGUGGGUCCACAAAAAUUGUGAAGAUACCAGUUCAAAACCCCACUAAACAUGUCAUCUACCUCCCUAAGAGAACAGUUUUAGGAACAUUAGAAGAAGUUACUGAAAUUAAACCAGUAAACUGUUUUCCAGGUGGGUUAGAACCCAUGUCUCCUAACACUGUUAAUACAUCCUCAGCUCAGGUUAGCACAGACAGGCAAAGAGAAAUAAGUGAGAAAAACAAGACAGAGGACACAACAGGCCAGAGAUGGCGCCCCCCUGUUGAUGUGUCGCAUCUUGAGAGACACGAACAAAACAUAGUCAGAGACAUGUUGUACGAGGAGUCGGAUGUCUUCGCCAAAGAUGAUUGUGACAUUGGGUGCAUCCCAAACCUGCAACUGAAGAUCCAUCUGAAGGAUGACACGCCAGUGCAGACGUCCUACAACUCUGUCCCUAAGCCCUUGUACAAAGAGGUGAAAGACUAUGUCCAAAAUCUGCUUGACCAGGGCUGGAUCAGAAAGUCCACUUCUUCCUACUCAUCUCCAGUGGUCUGUGUCAGGAGGAAGGACAAGAGGUUGCGUCUGUGUAUUGAUUUCAGAGGCUUGAAUCGGAAAACCAUCCCCGACCGCCACCCUCUUCCACGCAUCCAAGAUCUGUUAGACAGUCUGGGGGGGUACUCAUGGUUUUCCAUACUCGACCAGGGCAGUGCAUACCAUCAAGGCUUUGUCGAUGAGAACUCCAGACAUCUGACUGCCUUCAGCACACCCUGGGGCCUUUAUGAGUGGACCCGUCUCCCAUUUGGUCUAACAAACGCUCCAGCGGCUUUUCAAAGAUGUAUGGAGGGAGUUCUUGGUUCUUGA